AUGUUCCAGAGACUGAGGUUCUGCGAUCCAGUUCGGAGACAUACUAGCGUGCCUGUGCCUCGUGUGAUCUCUUGGUCAUCUGACAACUCGAACGCCGUUGGUGCUGAGUAUAUCAUCAUAGAGAAAGCCACCGGAAUCCCUCUGUUUCAGGAAUGGGGCUCUAUGACCAAUUUUGAAAAACAGCAGCUGAUCAAAAAUCUGACGAGACUUGAACCCCAUCGGACUUUCGAUUGCAAUUUAACUACGAAUAUCAACCGAGGCCCUUGUAUGUUACCCUUCUACGCAAUCGAUGUUUCAUUUGCUGAGCUUUGCGCAGGGGAUUCAGUCUCAGCGUUGGGAGUAUCCUUUGCACAACACGAAUUGCUCCGGAUACCACAACAGAGUCCACAAAGCCUUCCGAGCUAUUACAAAGGAACUCUUGAGCAACAAAGCCAGCUCUUGGAUACUACAGUAGGCCUCAUGGAUCUAUUAGAUUGGCAUACCGAUCUUCACAUGGAAAAUAUUUAUGUCUCGCCAGAAGAGCGCUCAAAAAUUGUUUCAACCAUCGAUUUCCAGUCGAGUCUGGCUCAAUGGCCUGUAUUUCUGAAACCUCCGCACAAUUAUGACUAUUACGUGAAGGGAAUAUUCCAACCGAGUCUUCCACCUGAUUUCGACCAACUCGAUGAAGAGAGCAAAACUAUCGCGAUGCGAGAAUGGUAUCAGGUAAAAUCGGCGAAGGCUUACGAGAUCUCAGCCUUUCUUGAGAAUAGGAAAGCACAUGAUGCCAUGAAUGUACCCCAUGUCUUCCGAGAACUAUUCACCCGAUGUGCAGGAGUCUCUGAGGUAGGGAUUGUUCCACUUCAUGCAUAUCCCAAAAUUGGGCGAACCUUGGGUUCCUUGGGAAUUGCCCGUUUUCAGGAAGAACUUGAAAAACAUCAAUGUCAUUUUGCCGAAUGCCGGGCUUGGCAGGAAGCUCGGGCGCUUGCUGAGGAGUGUCUAGAUACUGAUGCUGAAGGAUGGAUUACCCCUCAAUUGGAUCUUACCGAGAAGAGAAAGGAGAAUGAGAAGUUAAUGGCCUUCUACGUUGAAAAGCUUGCUGGGGAGAGAUCUACAGAGGAGGGGAAGGCGAUGUGGCCGUUCCAUUGA